AUGAGAUGGUCUAACCAGAGCUACGGGCCCGAUGGCCCUUGGAACGCAGUAUCGGUAAAGUUGGGUGCUAGUCAACAGGAGAUUGCACUGUACGCUGGAGGCUGGUGGGAGUCCUGGAUCCUCCUUGAAAACUACUGCUCAAACACCACGACUUCACUCAACUGCUACGCCGAGAAAGCCGGUCUCUUCGAUCCUGAAACCUCCCACACCUGGGACAACACCAGCAUCCAAUAUGCGCCAAAUGGGGUUCGUUGGGAGGAUCUGGGCUUUUCGCCAACCAAGGCAGUCCCCGUCUAUGGCAAAGCCAGACGUGCCCGAGAGACGAUUGAGAUGUUUGGUGCAACUGCACCAAGCGUCGACAUAGUUAGUGUCAGCCAAGCAUAUCAGACCUAUCCCGGUGGUCAAACCUAUCCCCUAUCGGUUGGGACUCUGUCGUUGGGUGCCCAGGAUAUAAAUCAGACAUUCGAUACCAUCGGAGCCACCAUGGUCACCAGCUGGCUGUGGAACACGUCCGCAAUAACAUCUUACUCAUACGGGAUGCAUAUCGGGUCUGCUCCGCUAGGGAUCCAAGGAAGUCUGUAUCUGGGUGGAUAUGAUAAAAGUCGGGCUUUGGGGGAAGUUUCCGCCCAACCCCAUACAGGAAACUCGGCCAAUAUUCAUCUACUCGAUGUCAGCUUGGGAGUAGCAGAUGGAGGCUCGCCAUGGAAGUACCCUAGCAAAGAAGGCUUGCUGGCAAAAGCAAACUCCUCUCUUGAGUCUGGCAUCGGCGUCGCUGCAAACCUUGUGGACCCCUACAUCUACCUACCCCAAAGCUCCUGCGAUGCUAUUGCUGCCGAACUACCAGUCACUCACAACCCGGAUCUCGGCCUUUACUUCUGGAAUACCGAUGACCCGCAGUACAAGAAGAUCGUCACUUCUCCUAGCUAUCUGGCUUUCACUUUCGUCAAGGAUAAUACAAAUACCUACAACAUCACCAUCAAGGUGCCAUUCGCACUCCUUAAUCUUACCUUGGAGGCACCUCUCGUCAAAGAACCCACUCCUUACUUCCCUUGUUUCGGAACGGAAGGAAAUUAUGCCCUCGGACGAGCGUUCUUCCAAGCAGCCUUCAUCGGCAUCAACUACGGGGCUGGAAUCGUCGGGAUAGGAAACUGGUUCUUGGCUCAAGCGCCAGGUCCCGGGUUUUCUCAAACGAGCGUUGUUGCCAUUGAAGAGAGCGCCUCUGAGUUGACAGGAUCGGGCGAUAGCUGGGAAGCAACCUGGGCCUCCCAUUGGUCUCCCCUGACGGAGUCGAAUAGAACGUCUAGUAGAAACUCCAGUAGCCACUCGACUGAAGCCGCUGUCGACAACUCGUCUGACAAUGCGUCUAACAAUUCGUCAGACAAUUUGUCCGACAGUGAAGGUCUGUCCACGGGUGCUAAGGCGGGCAUCGGAGCUGGAAUCGGCGUUGCUGCUCUCGUGGUUAUUGGCCUGCUCGCAUGGUGGUUUAUGCGUCGCAGUCGGAAACAGAACAAAGCGUCUGAUCUAGACAGCAAUGCGUACCAAAGCCCCAUGGCUUCCACAACCUAUUCUCAGUACUCGGGUCAGUCUGAACGUAAUGACUGGGGGAAACCAGUUUUCAUGUCGGAGCUGGACAAUAACCGACCAUAUUCAGGACCACAUGAGCUGGGAUCUGGGCGAUAUUGA